AUGGACUGGCUACAGGAGUAUGAUAGGGCGAGGUUUUUUAAUAUUCGAACUGACUCGUCAGAUCAUACAGCGCUCUUUCUGGAUAUAGUUGGGGUGGUACAUGUGCCGAGGUCCCGGGGUUUCCAGUUCGAGAAUGCAUGGCUCCUGGAUGGUGGUUACAGGGAAGUGGUGGAGAGGGAGUGGGCUAGUACCCCGGGUUUGACGUUGCAGGCUAGACUUGGUGUAUGUGGUCGGGGUCUGAGGAGGUGGGGUGGUGAUCGGCAUCAUAAGUAUGGAAAACGGAUAGAGGGUAUCAAGAAGGAGAUGAAUGGCUUGCGGGGUAGCCGUGACCCUUCUUUUCCUGCUAAUUUGAAUGAUGCCAAUAUUGUAUUGAUACCCAAAAAAUGCUCCCCUGUAUCUGUGUCUGACUUAAGACCAAUAGCUUUAUGUAAUGUGCUGUAUAAGAUAAUUGCUAACCGGAUGAAACCGUUUCUUGAGGGUAUGAUUUCUGUUUCUCAAAGUGCCUUUUUACCUGGAAGGCUGAUCUCAGAUAAUAUACUAAUUGCGUCUGAGGUGGGUCAUUAUUUGAGGAGGAAACAGUUGGGGCAGGUUGGUUGGGCGGUCUUAAAGCUUGAUAUGGCGAAAGAUUAUGAUAGGAUGGAAUGGCCUUUUGUGCGGCAGAUGAUGACUGGUUUGGGUUUUGAUGACAGAUGGGUCCAGUUGGUAAUGAUGUGUGUGCAGACAGUGCGGUACAGGGUGCUAGUCAGUGGGAAACCUUCUAAGGAAAUAGUGCCCACGAGGGGGCUCAGGAAAGGAGACCCUUUGUCUCCUUAUCUGUUUAUAAUUUGUGCCGAGGGUUUAUCGUUGUUGUUGCAGGACUCACAGGCUAAAGGGCUAUUACAUGGUUGUAGAGUGGCCAGGGGGGCACCAUCUAUCUCACACUUGUUUUUUGCAGAUGACAGUUUGCUUUUCUUUAAGGCUAACUUGCAGGAGGCAUUGGAGGUGAGGAAAUGUCUGGGAAUUUAUGAGUCUUUCUCGGGUCAGGCAGUUAAUUUCCAGAAAUCAAGUAUUACGUUUAGCCGUGAUACAAUUGUGGAGGAUAGGGACCUGGUCGCGAAUGCUUUGGGGGUGGCCCAAGCUGAUGAUUUCGGCAAGUACCUUGGUUUGCCUUCUGUUGUAGGCCGGAAUAGGAGAGCGGUUUUCGCAUAUGUUGAGCAGAAGUUGAGGCAGAGGUUUGGUUCAUGGAACAAGAGACUGUUAUCCAAGGCAGGGAAGGAGGUGCUUCUGAAGAGUGUGGCUCAGGCGAUGCCUACCUAUAUACAAUGA